AUGUUCCAGUUGGAGCCGGUCCAGCUUGUCUCAACUCCGUCUGGCGAUAGUCUGCCAAACGAUGAGGCUACCACAAAUGCAUGCAAAACGUAUCUUAAACUUAAAGGAAUUAGUUUCCUUUGCCAAGAACUGUCCAAUGCCUAUACUAUCUCUCCAGAUGGCUUAUUGCCUGUCUUGAAUAUUCAUGGGCGAUUAGUCUCAGGAUUCAUGUCGAUGUGUCUCGCUAUCAAAGAAACGAAAAAGAAUCCAAAUCUGGAACUUAAACCGGAAGUUUUACAGACGAAAAACUGCCACCACGUGUUUUUCUUUUGGUUAUCGGAUGCCCUUCGAAACAUUGCACUUUACUUCACCUGGGUAAAUCCCUCAGGAAUUCAGCACACAAAAAAUAAACUCCAAAAGGCUUUUCCCUGGCCUAUCUGCAACGUCAUGUUUAAUCGUCAAAAACUGGCGUACGAAAAGUACAUGGGAGCUAUCGGAUGGCUUUCUCGGGAACCCGGAGAAAUCAUUGAAGAAUUCGAUCGUGUAUGCAGCAAUGUUACCAAGGUUUUAACGAACGACCAUUUCGUCUUCGACCGAACGAAACCCGGAAAAAUUGACUGCCUUUUAUGUAGUUACCUUAUGAUGUUUGAGAAGUAUCAUGUUUUAUUUUCACCGCUGAUUAGCGUGUUGUCCAAAUAUCCUGCCCUGCGACAACUCGUUACAUUGCUUGAAAAAUCUAUGAUGUCAAAGAUUUAG